AUGACGCAAGGCCUGGCAGGGGACCCCGGGAAGCCCUUCCCGAGUGGCUCUGGGUCCCGCGCAGGUGACGGCUCGUGGCAGCACCGCGCAGAAUUGGGACGCUCCUGGCGCGUGACCCCGCGGGUCCUGCGGGACGACCGGCUGCUCAGCCUGGCAGAGGCGACCCAGGGGGGGUUCCCCGCCCGGCUGCGGGUCCUGCUGGAGCUGGAGGGGACGAGGCUGGUGCUGGAGCUGGAGCAAAACUGGGAGCUGGUGCUGGGCGCCGGGGCGCUGCUCUACUACCUGCCCAACGGCACGCGGGUGACGCAGGAGGCCAGCGAGCAGGAGCACUGCUGCUAUCGGGGGACGGUGCGGGGCUUCCCCGGCUCCUGGGCCAGCCUCUGCGCCUGCGCCGGACUCAGCGGCUACCUCCGGCUGUCGGAGACCAGGAGCUAUGGGCUGGAGCCGGAUGCCAGCGGCCCCCCGGGGCGGCACGUCGUGUACCGGCCGCGGGAGGUCCGGCUGGCGCCGCGGGCCUGCGGGCAGGGCCCCUUGGACCCCCCCCGGGCGGAGUUGGAGGAGACGGAGCUCCCCUGGCCGCAGAGGGGCAAGCGGGCGGUGGCGGAGCAGCGGUUCGUUGAGCUGGUGAUGGUGGUGGACCACGCUGCGUUCCAGAAUUACCCCGACCUGCAACGCGUCCGCACCCGGACCCUGGAAAUCGCCAACCAGGUGGACACGUUCUUCCAGCCGCUGGGAGUGCGGGUGGCCUUGCUGGCGGUGGAGGUCUGGAGCGAGGGCGACAGGUUCGCGGUGGGCGGCAGCGCCCGGGCUGUUCUGGAGCGGUUCCUGCGCUGGCGCCGGGAGGAGCUGCUGCCCCGGCUGCCCCACGACAACGCCCAGCUCCUCACGGGCGCCCGCUUUGGUGACGUCUCGGUGGGGAUGUCGGCUCAAGACUCCAUCUGUUCCCCUGCACGCUCUGGGGGGUCAGCAUGGUCAGUACCCCCCGACCACUCGAUCAGCGUCCUCGUCGUCGCCUCCACCGUGGCCCAUCAGCUGGGGCACAACCUGGGCAUGCGCCACGACGGCGCCGGGCGCUUCUGCGACUGCAGCGACCUCCGGCAGGACCGCGGCUGCAUCAUGGCAUCGCCCACGGGGCUGACGCCCGGCUUGAGCUUCAGCAACUGCAGCCGGCAGGACCUGGAGCGCAGCCUGCGGCGGGGACGGGGCUGGUGCCUCUCCAACGUCCCCGAGCCCCGGCGCCUGGCCGGGAGCCCCCACUGCGGGAACCGCUUCCUGGAGCCGGGCGAGGGCUGCGACUGCGGCCUCAGCGUGGAGUGCACCGAUCCCUGCUGCAACAGCAGCACCUGCCAGCUGGUGCCCGGGGCCGAGUGCGCCACGGGGGACGCCUGCUGCCAGGACUGCCAGCUGCGCCGCGCCGGACACCCGUGCCGGGAGCCCCUGGGCGAGUGUGACCUGCCCGAGUUCUGCGACGGGGUCUCGCCGCGCUGUCCGCCCGACGCCUUCCUGCAGGAUGGGCAACCCUGCGCCGGCGGGCAGGCGGUCUGCUACGGCGGCGCCUGCGCCACCUACGAGGGGCAAUGCCAGCAGCUGCUGGGGCCAGGCACCGGCCCCGUCUCCAGCUCCUGCAUGGCCUUCCUGAACGCCAAAGGGGAUGAACGCGGGCACUGCGGGCAGCUCCCCAACGGCUCCUACGUCGCCUGCGCCCAGCGAGACGCCGGCUGCGGGAUGCUGCAGUGCCAGCGCGGCAGCACCCGGGGGGACAGACCAGAAGGGUCCUGCCAGGGGACACUCCUGCCCGGGGACGAGGAUGUGAGCGAUGCGGCUAUGGUGCUGCCCGGCACCGCCUGCGGCCCCGGGAAGGUGUGCCUCCAGCGCCGGUGCCAGGACGUCUCCGUGCUGGGUGACCAGCAGUGUCAGAACAAGUGCCAUGGGCACGGGGUGUGCAACAACCACGGGCACUGCCACUGCGAGCGGGGCUGGGCCCCCCCGACCUGCGAGAGCCCCGGCGCGGGGGGCAGCCAGGACAGCGGUCCCGCCGCCCUGGAGCGAGGGGGGAGCGCCCUGCCCACCGCCCUGCUGCUGAGCGCGCUGCUGGGGCUGGCCCUGGCGCUGGGGCUCUGCUGCGCCCGCCGCGCCGGGCUGCACAAGCAUCUCUGCCAGCUCGGCAAGGGGACCUCCUGCCAGUACAGCGCUGAGACCCGGGUCCGAUUCCUGGGUCCAGAAGCCCCAGACGGCUGGAGCGGGAUUUCGCAGCCGGAGCCCCGGUCCGGCAGCCAGGGCCCCCCCGAGCGUCCCCGGCCCCCGCAGUGGCGUCAGGCCACGGAGCUGCAGGUCAUGCACCGCAGCAAGCCGGCUGCCUUCGGCUCGGCCCGGCCCGACCCGCCCUCCCGGCCUCUCCCGCCGGACCCUCUUCCCAAGGCCCCCCCCUCGGACAGGCCGCCCCCCCCCACACGCCCGCUGCCCGCGGACCCCGUGGCGCCCGGCACUCAGCCCCCGAGUCCGGCCAAGCCCCCCCCGCCUCAGCGCCCGCUGCCCUCGGACCCCCCCGGGCCUUCGCUCCCCUGCGCCGAGACACCCCCCGGUCACCCCUACGUCACGGUGAUUCCCUCCAGGCCCGCUCCCCCCCCGCCCGCGGGGGCCCAGCGGGAGGCCUGA